GCGCCCGCCGGGGGCGCAUCACUCUUAAGGGUAGAAUCGGUAACAACACUAUCUUACGACAACAACAUUCCGAAACAACUGUACCCGAACUUUAGUUUAGUGCAACUUAACACAAGUUUUUAGUUAAUUUCCCCGUAAGAGUGAUGCCCCCCGGUGUGACCAUUUCUUUAGAGUCGUAUAAACUAUAAAUAAGUAUAAUAAGGUGUAGUUAAAAUAUUACGAACUGUAGAAUGAGGUGUACCUAUCAAGAAGAUUUGAUUCCAGCACCGGCUGUGAUUCGUCGAAGUUCAGCUACGUCCGUACACGUAGCGGCCAAUGACGGCCGGGGCUACGCGCAGCCGUAGCGCUACAGCAUAGAGGCGCGCGGGGAGCUACACGAUCGACAGACGCUACAGCGGAGCUGCUACGCCAGGGAACUGAAAAAUGUGUUAGUGAAGAGUGUCAAUUGAUGUGGGACGUGGGACCGGCACCAUGCAGGGGCUCCAUGCCGCGAAGGAGAAGGCCUCGGGGCUCUUUGCCAACAAGCCCCUUCUGUUCAAAAAUACUCAAUAUGAGAACUUUCAAGUUGAUCAGAAGGGCUACGAUCAGAUGUACGAUGGCGAAGACUUGGAAACACCACCAUCACCUGACCGACCUCCACCACGACCCAUAGACAAGUACGUGCGCGCGGAAUGUCCGUGCCUGAGCGCCCGCUAUACCGUGGCGCUGCUCGCUUGCUUCGGGUUCAGCAUCAUGUUUGGCAUGCGAUGCAACAUGAGCAUGGCCAAGCUCAAGAUGACUGAAAAACAAUCCCAAAACUCGACAGACAAAGCCCCCUUCGAAUGGACUGUUAGCGUGGAGUCCUCAAUAGACUCGUCGUACUUCGCCGGGUACCUCAUCACUCAAGUGCCGGGCGGUUUCCUCGCCUCCAUGUAUCCCGCCAACAAGAUCUUCGGGGCGGCCAUUGUGACGUCAGCUAUUUUCAACAUGGCCAUACCUGGAGCGAUGUCCGUGGGACCUGCGGCCGUUGUCAUCUUGAAAAUAGCCCAGGGAUUUGUCGAGGGUGUGACGUAUCCCUCAUGCCACGGUAUCUGGCGCAUGUGGGCCCCGCCACUGGAGCGCUCCCGGCUGGCAACCCUUGCGUUCUGUGGCACAUACGCCGGCAUCGUGAUCGGCAUGCCACUGUCAGGGUUGCUCACAGACUACAUCAGCUGGCAGGCGCCAUUCUACUUUUAUGGAGUCUCGGGUGUUAUUUGGUACGUAUUAUGGCUGUGGCUGGUAUUCGAGCGGCCCAGCAAGCACCCCACUAUCGCCUCCAAAGAGUUGACGUACAUCGAGCAGUCACUCGGCACUGCCACUCAGGCUGCCAUGCCCGGCUUCUGGUCAACACCCUGGAAAGCCUUCGCUACUUCGCCACCAGUGUACGCUAUUAUCGUAGCGAACUUCUGCAGAACGUGGAACUUCUGUUUACUAGUCAUAUUCCAGUCGUCCUACUUCAACACGAGGUUCAACAUGCAGAUCACAGAGUCUGGGUUCGUCGGCGCCAUCCCGCAUUUAAUAAUGACGUCACUGGUGCCUAUUGGCGGCAUGAUGGCAGAUUACUUGCGUAAGAACAACAUCAUGUCUACAACUACUGUGAGGAAACUAUUCAACUGCGGAGGAUUUGGACUGGAGGCAUUCUUUUUCGUACUCGUCGCCUAUGCUAAUAACAAGUAUGUGGCGACAAUAGAACUGACCCUAGGCGUGGCAUGCAGUGGUUUCGCCAUAUCAGGCUACAACGUAAACCAUCUUGACAUCGCUCCAAGGUACGCCUCCAUUUUGAUGGGGCUCUCCAACGGCAUCGGCACCAUCGCUGGUUUUGUCGUACCCAUAGUAAUCGACUACAUGACGCAAGAAAAGGAUCAACUGGAAAAAGCCAUAACGGAAUGGCGUGCAGUAUUCCUGAUGGGUGCCACCGUUCACUUCAUUGGUAUUACCAUAUACGCGAUCUUCGCGUCAGGAGAGUUGCAACCAUGGGCGGAGACUGCGGUGGACGAGCCUCAGGUCAUGAAGUCCUUAGACCAUGAAACAACAUUCACGGAGAAACCAUCGGCGCCUUUGAAGGGUACUGAUCAGGCUGGGUAUGGAGCAAUAGCACCUCCGCGGCCCCCAGCGCCUGGAGCGCACGUGCCCAACAACCCCUUCGUAUCGGGUGCGCUCUACCAAGCUGAGCCCAUCCAGCCACCAGCGCACGACUACUACGAUGGACCUGCCGCACAAGAACAACACUAUGUCGAGUAGAGAUCUAAUUCUGUUGGACAACAUGUCUCUUAGUUCUCUCUUGUCUUUAUAUUGCGACCUACAACACUAUAAAUUAG